AUGUCUGCCUCCAUCCUCCGCGUCGCCGCCCGCGGCUCGACCAGCUUCUUCCGCGCGAACCCCAUCCGCCAGCCGCUCGUCGCCCGUUCCGGCAUGCUCCUGCCCAUCGUUGCGGGUGUCCCGGCCGCCAGCAACUUCAGCACCAGCGCCCGCCUGCGCUCCGGCGAACACGCCGAGGAGACCUUUGAAGAGUUCAGCGCAAGAUUCGAAAAGGAAUUCGAUGGCGUCCAGGACGUUUUCGAGCUUCAGCGCAACCUCAACAACGCCUUCGCCUACGACUUGGUCCCCUCUCCCUCCGUCGUCGCCGCCGCCCUGAAGGCCGCCCGUCGCGUCAACGACUUCGCUACCGCCGUCCGCAUUUUCGAGGGCGUCAAGGCCAAGGUCGAGAACAAGGGCCAGUACGAGCAGUACCUCGAGGAGCUCAAGCCCCUGAGGGAAGAGCUCGGCGUUCCUCUGAAGGAGGACAUCUACCCCGAGGAGAAGAACUAA